AUGGCUUUUGUCGGUACCGUAAGAAAAAAUAAGACCUUCAUUCCGCAUGAAUUGCUUAACCCGAAGCGUGAUGUUAAAAGCACUUUAUUUUGUUAUCACAAUAAUAAUAUCGGUUUGUGCUCGUAUAUGGCAAAGCCGAAAAAGCCAGUAAUUAUGUUAUCUACUGCCCUUUACCGUCAAAGCACCGAUCCAUUGAAAGGAUUCAAGCCAGAUCACAUUUUGGACUACAAUAAAUUUAAAGCGGGGGUAGAUACAAUGGAUCAAAUGUUGACUGGCUAUUCGUGCAAACGCUCGACAAACCGUUGGCCACUGGCAAUGUUUUAUAAUAUGGUGGAUAUUGCCGGUUUGGCCUCAUUCAUCAUCUAUGACGAGCUGAAUCCGGCAAAGCAGAGUGAUAAGAGGCGCUCAUUUAUCAUUGAAUUGGCACGGCAGCUAGUUAUUCCACAUAUGAAGGUACCGGAAUCUUGUCCAUCGACAUCAGAUGCAACACAGCAACAAUCAUAUGCUCAAGUUGCUUCAAAACGGUCAUCGUGCUACCAUUGUGCUGCUUCUUCUUCGAAAAAGCGACGUAAAACUCGUUAUAACUGCAGCAAAU